AUAAACUUUUGGCUUCUGCUAGUAAAUAAUAAUUAUAAGAAUUAACAAUUGGAAAAAAAUCCCUUAACUUUCGUACUGAAUUUGUGUAUUGAAAGAAAUUAUUUCUACUACGAUUUACAUUUUUCUUAUUAAAUGUCAUUUCACUCUGCAUCCUAGAGGGUUUCGUGAUUUUGGUGCCGAAUAGGUUAGAUCACGUAUAUUAUACAUUUUUAUGAGCUACAACAAUGUUCAAACAACCGGUGAAAUCGUUUGUGACACGAAAUAAUAUUUCUGCAGUUUUUCGUCAGAAUGUUCGUUUUGGUAGUACAGAAACUGAAAAGAAGAAAAAAUGGGAUCUCUUUAGUGCUGUUUGUCUGGAGCGUCAUCCGGUGAUAACUAAACCAAUGCUUGAACUAGAAUCAAAGUUUCAUAAAAUUCUUCGAGAGAUAGAAUUUGAGAACAGUAUGAAAUGUGAUCACGAACUGAGACUGGAAGCUGAGCGAAAACAAGUAGAAUUGCAGAAGAAAGGUCUUCUAGAUGUAGACCUUGAUGUUGCCAUAAAGCAAAGCGCUCAAGAUAUAGAAGACAGUGGGGAAGCUGAAUUGGCUGCUUUCAAAUUUGCUCCUCGAGUAACUGAAGCUGAUGAGAAAAAUAUAAAAACAUCACUAGAUCGUAAAUUGGAUAGCUGUCUGGUGCUUCUUGUACAACAAAAAUUAGGAGAUGAACUUUUCUGGCUACCGCCUCAAGCCUGUAGGGUGGAAGGAGAAUCUAUGAGACAGACUGCAGAUCGAGUAAUGAAAGAAUUUUGUGGAGAUGGUCUGCAAGCCCGAAUUUAUGGAAAUGCUCCAAUAGGAUUCUAUAAAUAUGCAUAUCCAAAACCAAUGCGAGAAAGUGGACGGUACGGAGCAAAAGUAUUUUAUUACUUGGGAAGAUAUUUGAAUGGCAGUAUUCCAGAAACUGUUAAGCAUCAGUGGCUAGAUAGAAAAGAGCUUGAAGAAACAAUGCCAGAACCAGUUCAUAAAAGUGUUUCUAUGUUUCUUAUUAAAGAAUAGAAAAGAGCCCCAUUGAUGCACCUCCACUAACAGUCCACUCACAAACGCAAUCCUUGGACUGAACUACAUUUGUAAAUAAAUAUACACGAUAAUCGAAAGAAAAAAAA